AUGAUGAGUUCCUCUGCCGCAUGUUAUCAUAGCAUGCCCUGAUUACUGCUCUUUUUAGUGUAUGGGAAUUCGAUGACUGAUGUCUAAAGAGUUUUUUAUUUCAUAAAUAGCUAUUGAUUACUCUAUACCACAGCUGUAUCAUAAUCUUCCAUUGAGUAUGUGUCCAGUAUUUUGGGGACCCUAUCUCUCUCUCUCUCUCCCCCCCCCCUUCCCCCCUCCCUCUCCUGCACGUGCGUGCACAUGCACACAUGAAUGUCUUUUGCAGGCUAUUUUUUAGAUUCUUGCACAACUACCUGAUUUAAGUUAUUUGUACUACCAGAUGUAACGCUCCAGAUUCAACAUGGAAAAGUUCCAAUUUCAUACAGCAAGAUGUUCAUGAAAUUUGAGGUUCCAUUUGACGCUGCUAAGAUAUUGUCAAGUUGCCGUUCUAUGUCAUUUCCUCCAGACUUUUUCCAGUUCAUUAAGUUGAAGGAAGUUGAUAACGCUUCAAGGAGGAUGCCUGAUCACGCCUUUAUCAUCGACACUAAUUAUCAUCAUCAGGUAGACAGUGUACGCUGGUGAGCCUCUUAGAUUUUUCAUAUUAUUUUCUUUUAAGCUGAUUAAUUGAAACGUCGAGUGAUAUCUGUGUAUCAUCACUCAAAAUGAGUGUAUUGUUCUUAUCAAGCGCAUUAGAACAACCAACAAGUAAACUUCCGUCCCAAUCCAUGUAGUGAUUAUGUUUUUGACAUUGUCAACACUAAUACACUUAAAUUGAAAAAAAAUCGCUCAGUGACAGUUUCUGCAGACUUGAAGAAAACAUGGAAAAUUGAUCGAGGGACAAUCCAUAGGUCCGGUCCUCAUCAGGGUUUACCUAGUGUUAGUCAUGACUAUCCUCGAUGUCCAAGAAUGUGGAUCGCUUAACUGCAUGAACAUGUAACUGCAAGAAUGUGGAUCCCUCUUGAUUUGGCAUAUUUUUAGCAGGUUGACUUGUAAAAGACUUGCUAAGAUUUUUGCUUGUUUCUCAUCUUAGUAGAGAGUCUGAUUCUGAUUAUCUUUUUUUGCGGAUGUAGUAGGUUGCUAUUAUGUUAUCCAAUUUACUUUCGACAGAUAUUGCUUGGGGAUUCUCUCUCUCUCUCUCUAGCAUUAUACUAUUUUUAGAUGUUGGUUUAUUUGUGGGAAUCUAGUUUCUGGCAUUUAAUCAGCACCCCUUCCUGCAGACUUUGACACCAGUAGCUUUUUCAAAGUCUUUGGUCGCUGCCAAUUUGUUGACGUUCAUGCUGCCUUUUGAAGCACUGGCUGAAACGUGCGAACCUAGUAACUCAUUCUUCAACAUGCCUUUGCUUUUUGCGAUAGCCCUCAUAGGGGCCACUGUCGGGGGUAAGACGCUACUGGAAUCCCUUUCUUCCAUCCUGACGAGCACUGGUAUAGUGAUACUAAAGCAUCUGAAUCCCUGGUUUUGACUUUAUAUAGUGACUGUGUAUAAAUGCUUAGGACAUGAAAACACAGCCGAAAAACUUGGUUAUUUCUCGCCAUGCAGACGAAAAAUUUAGACUUGCCCCUCUCUUUAAUUUUCUCUCUUUCUUGUUAUAUCAUUCGUCUACCCAUUUCUUACAAGUCAACAUUCUGUUCCCUUCUAAAUAUCGCGUUGACCUUUCACAAACCUACGACUGGGGAAGUCCAGAGCCACUCUCAUCCAAUCAGCAUUCAUGAGACUAAUGGAGCAGAAUGUCCCUGAUGAAACUUGUGCUCACCCUUCUGGUUCAUCAUCCCCACCUGGUCUUGACCUGGACAGCUCCAUGUUUUCUCAAUCCCACUCUGUUCUUCCCAGUCUUCCCUCAUAUCAUUAUUAACCGAGGGUUUUGGUCCCCAGGUUUGCUGGCCCGGCAGAGAAGAGGGGAACUGGCGCGGUUGAAUGACCAGCUGCGCCAGAUCAACGCUGCUCUGAGAAGGCAGGCGAAGAUAGAAUCUUAUGCGCCAACUCUGAGCUACGCCCCCGUCAGCAGAGUGUCUGAGGCGGACGUCGUCGUCGACCCGAGGAAGGAACAGCUUCUCGCCAGCCUGAGGACCGGGAAGAAUUUUCUCAGGAACCAAGAACCGGAUAAGGCUUUUGCGGAAUUCAAGGCAGCCUUUGAGCUCGCCCAGAAUCUGGGAGACCACAUCGAUGAGAAGAAGGCUGCUCGAGGCCUAGGUUCGGCCCUCAACCCAUCACCCGUCCUCUCUUCCUAUUUUAUUUAAUUACUUAAAUAAUACAUAACAAUGAGCACUGAUGAGAUUAGGGUUUAAAUUAGGGAAUCAUGUUGACUGUUAGUAGUAAUUAAGAGGCUUAGCAUGCGGGCGUGUUUUCUUUCCAGGGGCGUCUCUGCAGAGGCAGGGCAAGUACAGGGAGGCCAUCAAGUACCACUCCAAGGUGCUGGAGAUCGCCAAGCGGGCCGGCGAGGACUCCGGCAGCACCGAGGCCUACGGCGCCAUCGCUGACUGCUACACCGAGCUCGGGGACCUCGAGCGCGCCGGCAAGUUCUACGACAAGUACAUCGCCAGACUCGAGUCUGACUGA